GAGUUUCUGGUGAAUGGUUCCCGAAGUUAGGGUGAGAACCGCCUCAUCUCUAUCUCCGACCAUUGAUGACCCAGCAAGGCCAAUCUCGUCAAAGAGCUUCGGCCAACGAGCGGGCGCAUAGACUCGCGUCCUCAAACCGCGGGAAAUUAUUACCGUUGGGUCGGAUUCAGCGCAGACCGAGAGUACGACAAAUCGAAGCUUUGUUUCAUGCUUCUAAAGCUCCAACAAUGGCCGUACCAACGACACCCUCGUCUUCGGAGAGCCUUUUUUCCAACUUCGCCAGCUGAUCCGAGCUCCGUCCUGGCCGUUCCCUCGAUCAGAUGAAGCCGCGGUUAUGGACGGUCGGCUUGUUGGCGACGGUGAUGAUCUCGGCCUGCUGCAGAGUCGAAGCGAAGUGUAGCAAAGGCUGUGACUUAGCCCUGGCCUCGUACUACCUCGGGCCCAGAUCGGAUUUGACCUUCAUAAGCGAGGUCUUGUCGGCAUCGAUGGCGGAUAUCCUCAGCUACAACAAGGAUAAGGUCCCGAACGAGGACACCUACCAGACGGGGAUCAGGGUCAACGUCCCCUUCAGCUGCGGCUGCAUCGACGGCAAGUUCCUCGGGCACGCGUUCAAUUACUCGUCGGGCCACGGCGACCUCUACGAUACGGUCGCGAUGAAGUACUUCUCGAACUUGACGACCGUGGAGUGGUUGCAGGCGUUCAACCCUUAUCCCCCGACCAAGAUACCGGACUCCGCCGUUUUGGAUGUGGUCGUUAAUUGUUCGUGCGGGAACCGCGCUGUCUCGAAGGAGUAUGGAUUGUUCAUCACGUAUCCACUGAGGCCGGAGGACACUCUCGAUAACAUCGCGGCGGAGGUGAAUUUGACGACCACUUUGCUGCAGAGCUAUAAUCCUGGUGUGAAUUUUAGCCGAGGGAGUGGUCUGGUGUAUAUUCCGGGGAAAGAUGCAAAUGGAAACUACCUACCUCUGAAGUCAAGAACAGGUGGACUAUCAGUUGGAGCAAUUGUUGGCAUAUCUAUCGCAGCAAUAGCAGUGUUGUCGUUUUUAGCAUUUUGUAUAUACCAUGGAAUAUACCGAAAGGAGAAAGUGAAGGAGGCAACCUUGCUCUCAGGAUCUCAUAAAUUAUCUGCUCAAGCAGGGAAUGUUCCGGGAAGUGACCCAGCUAAACCUUCAGAAUCAACUGGCCCAGUUGAUGGUGCUUCAACAGGAAUCACUAUGGACAAGUCAGUGGAGUUUUCAUAUGAAGAAUUGGCCAAGGCUACAGAGAAUUUUAGCCUGGCUAAUAAAAUUGGGGAAGGUGGCUCUGGAGCUGUCUAUUAUGCUGAAUUGAGAGGCGAGAAGGCUGCAAUUAAGAAGAUGGAUAUGCAAGCUUCAAAAGAAUUUCUCGCUGAAUUGAAGGUUCUAACGCAUGUUAAUCACCUUAACCUGGUGCGUCUGAUUGGAUACUGUGUUGAGGGUUCUCUUUUCCUUGUCUAUGAGUAUAUUGAGAAUGGAAACUUAAGUCAACAUUUGCGUCGCUCGGAUAGGGAACCACUCCUAUGGUCUACCAGGGUUCAGAUUGCCCUUGAUUCUGCAAGAGGUCUUGAAUAUAUCCAUGAGCAUACGGUACCAGUAUACAUCCAUCGAGACAUUAAAUCGGCAAAUAUAUUGAUAGACAAGAACUUCCAUGGAAAGGUGGCAGAUUUUGGUUUGACAAAAUUGACUAAGGUUGAAGGCGCAUGCCUCCAGACACGACUUGUAGGGACAUUUGGAUACAUGCCACCCGAAUAUGCCCGGUGUGGCGAUGUCUCUCCUAAAGUCGAUGUGUAUGCUUUCGGUGUGGUCCUUUAUGAACUUAUUUCUGCCAAGGAGGCUGUAGUCAAGGCAAAUGGUUCUAUUGCUGAAUUAAAGGGCCUCGUCGCUUUGUUUGAAGAGGUUCUUAACCAACCCGAUCCCAGAGAGGACCUUCGCAAGCUUGUUGACCCUAGGCUUGGAGAUGAUUAUCCGCUUGAUUCCGUCUGGAAGGUGGCCCAGCUAGCGAAAGCUUGCACACAAGAGAAUCCUCAACUGCGCCCCAGCAUGAGAUCUAUUGCGGUGGCCCUGAUGACGCUUUCAUCUUCGACAGAGGAUUGGGAUGUUGGCUCCUUCUACGAGAACCACGCUCUGGUGAAUCUAAUGUCCGGAAGGUAGAAAAUCCCCCCUUUUUGCCGGAAUCAGGCAAUCACAUUUUUCGAGCUUUUCCUUCCUAUGUUGUAUAUGGAUAUUCUAUGAGAAAUUGAACCAAAUUCAAAAUGCCGUCGAUGUCGAGACUAACAAUCAACUACUGAGUUGUCAAUGUCAAUGGAGAAGUUGACGAUGUUAAUGGUUGUCGAUAUUCAAGAAUUGAUGUCGAUGACUGUUCGGUGCACAAGUUAAAUGUAAUCUUUAUUGCAGCAUUGCUUUUGAGAAGAUUGUCCAUAUUUCUAUGUUGUGACUGUUCAUGUUUUUAGGUGUUAUAUCGUGACUGUUCAUGUUCUUAGAUGUAAUUAAUGUUUUGUAAGUUCCUAAGAUUUUAUCUCCUCCAACACUAACUAUAUUUAUGAGUCAUUAUUAAGUGUAAGAGUCAAGUGUCAGGCCUAUGAAAGGGAUCUUGUAAUUGUUUCCGAUAAACAGAAAGCCUAUCUCUUUC